AUGGUAGAUUUCCACUUAGCCUUGGGUCUUAUUGAGCGCCUAAGCCAUCUUAGCUCGCGUCUUUCUCUUUCGUCGGAGGACUCUGAGGAGAGAAAGGAGGCGUUACAGCUUAGCAAACAGAUCACGGCUGCACUCGAGAAGCCAAAAGAUGUCGCUGUAGCUUUGAUGUUUUCGCCCACAAUACCGGCGACUAUCAGAGCCGGGGUCUAUCUCGAUCUAUAUCGAUACAUUGUCGAGCAUGGAGCGCCCAUCUCUUCGGCUGAGCUUGCAGUCCUGUCGGGCGGCGAAGAGCUUCUAAUCAUCCGGAUCCUGAGGGUCGCUUCGUCGAUCGGCGUGGUCACCGAGGUGGACGAGCGUCAGUGGGAGGCGAAUCCCGUCACCAGAUCUAUGAUCGAGGAGGGGGUCGCCGCCGGGCACAGAAUGAUAGGCGAGAUUGUAAUGGGCGCUGCGCAGAAGAUGCCGCGGUUCCUCCAGGAGUCGGGGUUCCGGUGCCCGACGGACCCGCGCCACGGACCGCUGCAGCACGCGUUCCAGACGAAGCUGUCGGCUUUCGCCUUUCUCGCGACCGCGCCCGGCGCCCUGAGCGACUUCAACCGCUUCAUGGGGAACACGAUGGGUGCGCGGCGCUACUGGGUCAAUUGGUUCCCCGUGCCGCAGCGGGUACUCGACGGCGCGGGCGCGGCUCAGGCCGGCGCGCCCCUCCCGCUCGUGGUCGACGUCGCCGGCGGUCACGGCCACGACCUCCUCGCCUUCCAUCAGAAGUACCCCGGCCGCGCCCGUCUCGUGCUCCAGGACACGUCCUCGGUUCUCAACAGCGUGAGGCACCCUAGCCCGUUCAUCGAGCACGUGGCGUAUAACUUCUUCGAGCCGCAGCCUCUGAAAGGAGCGCGCGUGUACUUCUACCACCACAUCCUACACGACUGGCCAGACGGCAAGUGCGCGAAGAUCCUGGCCCAGGCCAAGGCGGCCAUGAAGCCGGGAUACUCCAAGCUGUUGCUCCACGAGAUGAUCGUCCCGGAGCGGGGCGCAUCGACCUUCCACGCGAUGAUCGACAUAACGAUGCUAGUCUUCAACUCCGGCAUCGAGCGCACCGAGAGGCAGUGGCGCAAGCUCCUCGCGGCCGCCGGCUUCGAAGUGCUUAAGGUGUGGCUGCCUCCGGAGGAGGACGCGGAUGGCAUCGUCGAAGCCGUUUUGAAGGAGUGA